UAACAGCAUCCGGGUCUCUAGGUGGGAAGAAGCAGAGAGGAGACAUCGGGCACUCAAGCUGUGAAGUAACAGAGGCUUUAGUCGUACCUCCUGUAUUCUCCCUGAUUCUUUGAUAAUGGACACAGACAGACAUCAGAAGAUGGAGAGGAUAAUAAAUCUCUCCCUAGAGAUCAUCUACCUGCUUACUGGGGAGGAUUAUGCAGUAGUGAAAAAGACAAGGGAUUUUGAGACACACAGCAGCCGUCUCCGAGUGACAAGAGGACUGAGCAGGACCCAGAGCCCCAUCCCGGUGUCUCCACCUCACUGUCUGAUACAUGAGAGACACAAUGACCAGAAGAUCCUGGAACUCACCAACAAGAUCAUUCAGCUGCUGACUGGAGAGGAGGGGGAGUAUAUAGAGGAACACAGGGGUCUGUAUAAGGACGUGAUGAUGGAGAAUCACCGGCCCCUCACAUCACUGGAUGGGCCCAGUAACAGAGAUACCCCAGAGAGAUGUCCCCGUCCUCUGUAUUCCCAGGAUUGUACAGAGGAGAAUCACAGGACCCCACAGGAAGAUCAGGUUGAAGAUAUGAAGGCAGAAGAUAUAGAGGGAGAAGAAGAGAUGUAUGUGACUGAUAUAAAGACAGAAGAUAUAGAGGGAGAAGAAGAGACGUAUGUGACUGAUAUAAAGGCAGAAGAUAUAGAGGGAGAAGAAGAGACGUAUGUGACUGAUAUGAAGGCAGAAGAUAUAGAGGAAGAAGAAGAGACAUAUGUGACUGAUAUAAAAGCAGGAGAUAUAGAGGGAGAAGAAGAGACGUAUGUGACUGAUAUAAAGACAGAAGAUAUAGAGGGAGAAGAAGAGACGUAUGUGACUGAUAUGAAGGCAGAAGAUAUAGAGGGAGAAGAAGAGACAUAUGUGACUGAUAUAAAGGCAGAAGAUAUAGAGGGAGAAGAAGAGACGUAUGUGACUGAUAUGAAGGCAGAAGAUAUAGAGGGAGAAGAAGAGACAUAUGUGACUGAUCUAAAGGCAGAAGAUAUAGAGGGAGAAGAAGAGACAUAUGUGACUGAUAUUAAAAUAGAAGAUAUAGAGGGAGAAGAAGAGACGUAUGUGACUGAUAUGAAGGCAGAAGAUAUAGAGGAAGAAGAAGAGACAUAUGUGACUGAUAUAAAAGCAGGAGAUAUAGAUGGAAAAGAAGAGACAUAUGUGACCGAUAUAAAGGCAGAAGAUAUAUCGGGAGAAGAAGAGAUGUCUGUGACUGAUAUAAAGGCAAAAGGUAUAUCGGGAGAAGAAGAGACAUAUGUGAGGGGUGAUCAGCAUUGUAAGGCGGAGGAGAUCCCUACAGAUAUCAGCACAGCAGUUGGACACCUCAGCAGGAAUAUCUCAGAAGAAUAUCUCCAUUUCUCCUCAGAUGGUGAAAUCAAAGAUAACCUCACACAAGAUGUUCAUGGAGAAAACUCUAUUACUCCAUCUGGUCCCACUUCUCAUGGAGAAUGUUCCCUUGAUAACUCAGAUAUUGGUAUAUCUAUUGCAGCUCUUAGAGUAGAUAUGACUUUGCCUUCUUCUAUAGAUACCAAAUAUUUUACACAGAACACAAAGUGUAUUACCCAUCCCCCAGCUAAGGCAGGUGAGAGGCAGUUUUCAUGUUCUGAGUGUGGGAAAUGCUUUAAACAAAAACAGACUCUUUUUAUACAUCAGAGAAUUCACACAGGUGAAAAAACAUUUUCAUGUUCUGAGUGUGGGAGAUGUUUUAAACGUAAAAGACAUCUUAUUAUACAUCAGAGUAUUCACACAGGUGAGACGCCAUUUCCAUGUUCUGAGUGUGGGAAAUGUUUUAGACAGAAAUCAAUACUUGUUACACAUCAGAAAACUCACACAGGUGAAAAACCAUUUUCAUGUUCUAAAUGUGGGAAAUGUUUUAGCGAUAAAUCAGAUCUUAUUAAACAUCAGAGAAGUCACACAGGUGAGAAACUGUUUCCAUGUUCUGAGUGUGGGAAAUGUUUUAGUGAUAAAUCAGAUCUUAUUAAACAUCAGAGAAGUCACACAGGUGAGAAACCGUUUCCAUGUUCUGAGUGUGGGAAAUGUUUUAGAGAUAAAUCACAGCUUGUUAGACAUCAGAGAAGUCACACAGGUGAGAAACCAUUUCCAUGUUCUGAGUGUGGGAAAUAUUUUGGAGAGAAAUCAGAUCUUGCAUCACAUCAGAGAAGUCACACAGGUGAGAAGCUAUUUCCAUGUUCUGAGUGUGGGAAAUGUUUUAGACAGAAAUCACUUCUUGUUAGACAUAAGAGAAGUCACACAGGUGAGAAACCAUUUCCAUGUUCUGAGUGUGGGAAAUGUUUUAGAGAUAAAUCACAGCUUGUUAGACAUCAGAGAAUUCACACAGGUGAGAAACCAUUUCCAUGUUCUGAGUGUGGGAAAUAUUUUAGAGAGAAAUCAGAUCUUGCAUCACAUCAGAGUAUUCACACAGGUGAGACGCCAUUUCCAUGUUCUGAGUGUGGGAAAUGUUUUAGACAGAAAUCAAUACUUGUUACACAUCAGAAAACUCACACAGAUGAGAAGCCAUUUCCAUGUUCUGAAUGUGGGAAAUGCUUUAGAGAUAAAUCGCAUCUUGUUAGACAUCAGAGAAGUCACACAGGUGAAAAACCAUUUUCAUGUUCUAAAUGUGGGAAAUGUUUUAGCGAUAAAUCAGAUCUUAUUAAACAUCAGAGAAGUCACACAGGUGAGAAACUGUUUCCAUGUUCUGAGUGUGGGAAAUGUUUUAGUGAUAAAUCAGAUCUUAUUAAACAUCAGAGAAGUCACACAGGUGAGAAACCGUUUCCAUGUUCUGAGUGUGGGAAAUGUUUUAGACAGAAAUCAGGUCUUGUUAAACAUCAGAGAAGUCACACAGGUGAGAAACCGUUUCCAUGUUCUGAGUGUGGGAAAUGUUUUAGAGAUAAAUCACAGCUUGUUAGACAUCAGAGAAGUCACACAGGUGAGAAACCAUUUCCAUGUUCUGAGUGUGGGAAAUAUUUUGGAGAGAAAUCAGAUCUUGCAUCACAUCAGAGAAGUCACACAGGUGAGAAGCUAUUUCCAUGUUCUGAGUGUGGGAAAUGUUUUAGACAGAAAUCACUUCUUGUUAGACAUAAGAGAAGUCACACAGGUGAGAAACCAUUUCCAUGUUCUGAGUGUGGGAAAUGUUUUAGAGAUAAAUCACAGCUUGUUAGACAUCAGAGAAUUCACACAGGUGAGAAACCAUUUCCAUGUUCUGAGUGUGGGAAAUAUUUUAGAGAGAAAUCAGAUCUUGCAUCACAUCAGAGACGUCACACAGGUGAGAAGCCAUUUCCAUGUUCUGAGUGUGGGAAAUGUUUUAGACGGAAAUCAAUUCUUGUUAUACAUCAGAGAUGUCACACAGGUGAGAAACCGUUUCCAUGUUCUGAGUGUGGGAAAUGUUUUAGACAGAAAUUUGAUCUUAUUAAACAUCAGAGAAGUCACACAGGUGAGAAACCGUUUCCAUGUUCUGAGUGUGGGAAAUGUUUUAGACAGAAAUCAGAUCUUAUUAAACAUCAGAGAAGUCACACAGGUGAGAAACCAUUUCCAUGUUCUGAGUCUGGGAAAUGUUUUACAUUGAAAUCAAAUCUUGUUACACAUCACAAAACUCUCAGGGUUUUAAAGCCAUUUCCAUGCCCUGAGGGCAGUUAAUGCAGUCCAAUUUCACACUGCCUGAGGAAGCAGACCGUAACAUGCGUUGCUCUUGGACACCACACAGAUUAUUGAUUUAAAAAAUUUUGUUUUAUUUUUGUUUAAAUUUCUAAUUGUUUUAAGCCUAUAUGUUAUUUUAUCUUUCUGAAGUGGGGUACACUGGUAUUCCACAGGGAAUACAUCGGGGAUGUAGAGUUGGAUGUUGAUCCGAGUAACCAACAGGCUAAAGCUUUGACUGUUCCCAGGAUGCACUGCACCGCCUCCUCUAUAACCCUGCCUCUGGACACUGGAGCUCAGUUUAUAAGUUGGUACCUGCAGUGCAGGUCGACUAACAGGUGGGGCUGCGCUAGGCAGCCCUGAAAAGCUUUUUUAAGAAGACUUCAAGGGCUGCAGCACUGUUUAAUGUAAUUUUGACAUUCUGUGCUGCUGCUGCUGCUGCAUACUCCCAUGGCUGAGUUCCCGUGUACUUGCAGCGGAGGCGCACCGGUCUUCAGGCACACCACCGCUGACGCUCUCCUGGAUCACAUGGCUGCACAUCAGGGAGGAGGUAAGAGGGUCCCCCAGGUGGGACCCACCGGUAAAUCGCGGUCCGUUCGCAGUCCUAGGAGAUGGACCGUGCUGCUGGCGUGGACACUGUACUGCACAGGGACCCCACUAUAUCCACCAGGGCAGGGAGCACAGGUCGGAUUUACUAAAACUCCGUUUUACAUUGGCUCCACAGUACCCGGUGGUGAGGACCAGCAGAGGGGAUAAUCCGCUGACCUGUAGCCCCUCCCACAGCUCCGUGCGCCAUGUACUGCUGGUUUUCCCCGCCCUGGAGCUGCAUUUCCUCCUCCCUCACUCCCUGACAGGGAGUCUGGCGCCAUCUUUACACUAAUAGCUGGGCUGAUCUCCGGGACUGCAGGGCAAGGUCUCUGUAAAGCCGCCUGUCUCAUCAGCGCUGUGCAUUUACAGGACACCUAAGUAUUCUACAUGUCAUUUUAGACAGUGUUAGUUAUGAACAAGUGUACUGCUAUAUGAAUAUUUAGUACAAGUAUUCUGUGAUCUAUAUCCAGUAGUUAAUGUGCAUUGUUAUAUCUGUAUCCAUACAUAUCUAUAUGUAUUUUUACUAGUCUAGUGCAGUUUUAUUGUUUAUCUGUAAUAACUUCUGCAUUGUACCUGUGACUGAGUGUGCCUGUAGCUGCUGUGUGGAUUCCAUUCUCGUGUAUAUCACUACUUGCUAUCACUAUAUUCUGUACCCUGGGGGGCUAGGUGCGUCAGGGUCUCAUUUAUUUAUAUAUAGUACUACACAGUAUAUCCUGUUAGGUGUUUUUAGUGUGUGUCUCCAUCGCCUUAUACCGCUUUAAUCGUCUGUUUGUGCCCUGUAUUUCCUGUCACAUAACACAGGGUUAUUUUCAGGUGAUAUAUAGAUGAGCGAUCUCCAAGCGCUGCUAUACACAGUUCAGGUUCGUAUAUCCCCGUACUCAAAAAGAAAACAUAAUACAAGAUCCAUCCAUUAGCAGAUUUCAAAAUCUUUUUAAUCAAUCCUGAAUCUUGCCACUGGAAACUGACCUGUUAAAAAAAAUGCAUUCCCAUAAAGGUUUCUUUAAGACUUCAUGUAACAUCAAACUCCUAAUGUGGGGCCCAUCUGAACACGGCUUACAUUUUUAAUUAGCCCUAUGUGCACCAAAAGGUAUCUUUGGGUCCUUGCUUGUAAAUGGACUCUCUAUCUUCCCCACAGAUGGCACCACCGUAUUCGAUAGGACAGCAGAUCGUUUUAAAAUAUAUAUUCCAAUAAUAUCUUAGGUAAAAAAGGUCAAGCGUACCCGAGACAGGCUCGUGCCUCCAAAACCACUAAGCCCGAAACGAAACAAUCUUGGGCCAUCCGUCAGCCUGCUUCCAAACAAGACAAGCCUGCUGAAUGAGUGGGUGGACCUCCCACUGGGGGACCCCAGGGUGGGAGGCUGACUUCUGUUGUUCGCCCAGGUCUGGUUGAAGACCACUUUGGAUGCCUGUGUGCGAGAAGUUGUCUCUCACGGGUAUAUAUUCUCUCAAGAAACGCCCCUUCACCAGUUCUGCAUGACGGUUAUCCAUGCGGACCCGUUGAAACUGCAAGCUCUCCACUUGGUUGUACAAUCCCUCCUUGACACAGUAGUUGAAGUGCCGGUACCUCUGUCCCAGAGCGGCAGGGGAUACUAUUCGACCCUGUUUCUAGUUCCGAAGCCAAAUGGGUCCUUCCGGCCUAUACUCAACCUCAAAUCAUUGAACAUAUUUGUGAGUGUCCAAAUUCCGUAUGGAAACUGAGCUGUAUUGUAUUGGCCAUGGAACCCGAAGACUAUAUGGUAUCCCUGGAUAUACAGGAUGCUUACCUGCAUAUACCUAUUGCCUUAUCACAUCAGCAAUAUCUGCAGUUUGCUAUUAUCAAUUCCAGGCUGCCAUUUGGACUGACGACGGCUCCUCGGAUCUUCACCAAGGUCAUGGCCGUGAUGACGGCUCAUCUCCGCCGUCAGGGAAUCAGAAUCCUGCUGUAUCUGGACAACUUGCUGAUCCUGGUGAACUCCCGAGAUGUUCUCCUCAGUUAUCUGGAACUGACGUCCAAUUCCUACAAGCCCACGGGUGGCUCAUCAACUGGAAAAAGUCCUCGCUGGUCCCUGCUCGGAGCAUGGUGCACCUGGGGGCACUACUGGACACACACACAGAUUGUUUCUGGCUCCAGAGAAAGUCCUGAAACUUUAGGACAGGAUUAGAUACUUCCUCUCUCGCCCAAGAGUGUCGAUACACUUGGCUAUGCAAGUACUAGGCCUCAUGGUGUCGACUUUCGACAUGGUGGAGUACGCUCAAUUUCAUUCCCGCCCUCUGCAGAGGUUAAUCCUAUCCAAGUGGGAAGGCCUGCCUCAUCGGAUCAGGUCUCAUAUGAUCUCCUUGACUCCGGCAGUUCGUCUGUCACUAAGCUGGUGGCUACAGGACCAGCAGUUGAGCUGGGGCUGUCCCUUCUGGAUCUCCAACUGGGUCCUCCUGACAACGGACGCCAGUCUGCAAGGUUGGGGUGUGGUGUUGGAGCAACACUCUCUCCAGGGUUGGUAGACCAGGGAGGAAUCUCUCCCGAUAAACAUUUUGGAAUUGAGGGCAGUGUUCAAUGAGCUGAUGCUUGCCCUGCCUCUGGUACAGAACAGGCUUGUUCAAGUACAAUCAGACAACGCCACCACGGUGGCGUACAUAAAUCAUUAAGGUGGCACUCAAAGCCACAUGGCAAUGCUGGAAGUAUCAAAAAUCCUCCAUUGGGUGGAAUGCCAUCUGCCAGCAAUAUCGGCAGUGUUCAUUCCCGAAGUCCUCAACUGGGAAGUGGAUUUCCUCAGUCAUCAGGACGUUCAUGCUGGAGAGUGGAGUCUUCAUCAGGAAGUCUAUCAACUCCUAGUGGACAAGUGGGGCCUACGAGAUGUAGACCUGUUGGCGUCUCGACACAAUUAGAAAGUUCCAGCCCUCGGAUCAAGAACCAGGGAUCCUCAAGAGGCAUUCGUGGACACACUGGCAAUUCCAUGGAACUUUCGGCUGCCAUGCGUGUUCUCUCCAGUGCCACUCCUGCCCAGGGUACUAUAGAAGUUCAAGUAAGGAGAAAUACUACUUCUAGUCGCUCCAGUGUGGCCCAAACGGCAUUGGUUCUCAGACCUGCAGGGUCUAUUGAUAGAGCGUCCUCUUCUACUUCCUCAAUGCCCAGACCUCCUCGUUCAGGGCCCUUGUGUCUACCCGGACCUGGCUAGACUGGCUUUGCCGGCGUGGCUCUUGAAGCUUCACUCCUGAGAGCCAAAGAAUUCUCAGAGCCGGUUAUCCAAACUAUGCUAAAGGCCCGCAAACCGGCUUCUGCACGGAUUUAUUAUAGGGUCUGGAAUUUUUACUUCACCUGGUGUGAUGCUAAGAAUUACAAUGCUUCCAAGUUUAGUACUUCCAGACUUCUGGCUUUUUUGAACAAGGCCUGGAUUUAGGAUUUUGUCUCGCCUCCCUCAAGGUUCACAUCUGCCUUGUCGGUGUGGUUUCAGAGAAAGAUUGCAUCUAUACCUGACGUUCAUACCUUCACUCAGGGUGUACUGUGGAUUCAGCAUCCCUAUGUCCCUAUGGGGGUUUGUCUGUGGUCCUGAAGGCCCUGCAAGAGUCUCCAUUUGAACCUCUUGAAUCAGUGGACCUUAAAUGGCUCACAGCCAAGGUCCUAUUUCUGCUGGCUAUUGCCUCUGCUAGACAGGUGUCAGACUUAGGAGCUUUGUCCUGUCAUCCACCCUUUUUGAUUUUUCAUCAUGACCGUCCAGUUCUUAGAACUCGCCCAGGUUAUCUACCUAAGGUGGUGUCAUCUUUCCACCUGGUUCCGGCCUUUAACUCUUCUGGAUUGUCCUCCAAAGAACGGUCUUUAGAUGUGGUACGGGCUCUCCAUAUAUAUGUGGAGAGGACUGCCUCCAUUAGGUCAGAUACCCUUUUUGUACUGUUUGUUUUUCACAAACGUGGCUGGCUUGCGAACAAGCAAACCUUGGCCAGAUGGAUUAGAAUUGUGAUUGUACAUGCUUAUGUAUUGGCUGGUCGUCCGGUUCCUGCUGCUAUUAAAGCACAUUCUACUCUGUUGGACCUUCGUGGGCGGCCCGCCGUGGCGCAUCCGGGUCCUCAGUGAACAUGUUCAUUAGGUUCUAUGCCUUUGAUACUUCCGCCUCCCAGGAUGCUUCCUUUGGAUGCCGUGUUCUUGUGCCCGCUACGGUUCGCCCCCUCCCAUGAGGAACUGCUUUAGGACAUCCCCGAUGUAGGCCCUGUGGAAUCCCAGUGUACCCCGCUGCAGAAAAGGAGAUUUAUGGUAGACUUACCAUAGUUAAAUCUCUUUCUGCGAGGUACACUGGAUUCCACAGGGCGCCAUCUGCCAUCUCUUACCUGCUGCUGCAAUGGACUGGUUAACGAAAUUGAGCUCGUGUGCAGAGGCGGGGUUAUAGAGGAGGCGGUGCAGUGCAUCCUGGGAACAUUCAAACCUUUAGCCUGUUUGUGUCUCGGAUCAAGAUCCAACUCUACACCCCCGGUGUAUUCCCUGUGGAAUCCAGUGUACCCCACAGAAAGAGAUUAAACUAUGGUAACUCUUACCAUAAAUUUCCUUUUCAAUUGCUGUUUUUAAUAUUAUACUGUGAAGUCUUUAGUGUUUCUUAUUUUGAUCAUUUUGUGCAUUAAUAACGUGAGUAUAUUAUAGGAGCUCUUCAUUUCAGGACUGGACAGUGUGUGUAAUUAAUGACUUGUUAAUGCAAAAUACAGUUGUUACUAUCUGAAUUUAUAGGAGUAUUAAUCAUCUAUGACAACGCUAUUAAAAUACAUUGAACCCAUGUACUUAGUUGCACGAUGGUGGUCCAACCUGAUCGUGUGGUUUCAAAGCACAAAAGAGCGAUUCAUUCCUAGUAGCAUAAAAAUAUAAGUACAAGUACUGCCAAUUACAGUCUUUGCCCGGGGCAGCGUGGUACAAUGUAUACACAGCAAACAAUAUAGAAGUACCCUAGUAACACACAGUACAGUUUAGGUAAGUUGGUCACUACACCACAGGUUACAGCAGGGGUGGCCAACCAGUCAGAGGCAAAGAGCCAGAAAAGAUCUAUAGUCAAGGCCACACACACUACUGAGCCUCAUUUUGACUUGUUUUAAGGACAUUACAUCAAAGUUGGAUCAGCCUGUAGUGUGUUUUUCCACUUUCAUUUUGAGGGUGACUCCAAAUUCAGACCUCCAUGUGUUAAUAAAUUUGAUUUCCAUUGAUCAUUUUUGUGUGAUUUUGUUGUCAGCACAUUCAAUUAUGUAAAGAACAAAGUAUUUAAUAAGACUAUUUAAUUCAUUCAGAACUAGGAUGUGUUAUUUUAGUGUUCCCUUUAUUUUUUUGAGCAGUAUAUUUACCAGCCAAACCGUAACUAUAUGCCGGGCUGAAUAAAACAGACAUCCAUGAGAUCACUUCCAAAAUCACAUAUAUUCAUACAAGUAUAUACAGUGCAAUAUUUACACAGGAAAUUAUAUUAUGUCAUAAAGAAAACAAACGCUGAUAUACAAUAAUGUAUGAUAUUGAAAUGGAAUAUUUACGUAUAUGAAAAAUAAUAAAUAUACAGAAAGCUGUU